GCGGCGCGCCUAAGUAUCCUCGAGAGUGCGCAAGCUUGACAGCAUAAUGCGCGCUCUCGUGUUCCCCCGGAUGCGUGUUUACUCGGUCUCCUCUCUCCACCCUUGAAAUGAGAGAGGUACGGAGUGGAAGGGACAUCGUUUUACAAGAAAACCUCCACGAACAGACAUCCAAGAUUAAGACCGGUCGACAGACGAGGGCGAAGCGCGAAGAGUCACGGUGUAGCGCGUGGAUACAUUGAUUUGACACCAAGGUCAAUUAUCUUUUUAUUUAAAAAAGAAAUAAUAAAAACUUCAGACACGGAGAAUUCACGAACCUCUGAGGAUGGAGCAGGCAUACGGGGCUGGCAAGGCUGGUGGUACCUUCGAUCCAAUUACGUUCUUUCAGCAACCGCAGGCUAUUCUUCGCAUAGUGUCAUGGAUCUUUUCCAUUGUGAUCUUUGGAUGCAUUGCUAAUGAGGGCUAUGUGAACCGUCCGGACGAGGUGGAGGAGUAUUGCAUCUUUAACCGUAACCAGAAUGCCUGUAAUUAUGCCGUGGGUAUGGGAGCCGUGGCCUUCCUCUGCUGUGUCGCUUUUAUGGCACUGGAUGUCUACUUUCCUCAGAUAAGCAGCAUCAAAGACCGCAAGAAGGCUGUGUUAGCUGAUAUUGGCAUUUCAGCCUUCUGGUCUUUCGUGUGGUUUGUGGGAUUCUGCUUCCUGGCCAAUCAGUGGCAGGUGGCUAAACCAGAAGAUAACCCCCUCAAACAGGGUGGAGACGCAGCCAGAGCGGCCAUCACCUUCGCCUUCUUCUCCAUAUUUACUUGGGCUGGUCAAGCUUUUUUCGCAUUCCAGAGGUACAAGUUAGGCGCAAGUUCAUCUCUCUUCUCUCAGGACUAUACUGAUCCCAGCCAAGAUCCCGCAGGAGCGCCUGCUGCAGCCACAGAGUACACUGGAUACAACGCUGACAUGGAGGCUAAUUAUGACGGCUCUGGUGGAUACCAGAACCAAGACUACUAAGGUCAAGUAUAAGGAUGUACACAACAGUCUUAACCAGCUAGGCUGACUGGGUUACAUGGGGAAAACAAAAAAAUUGAGGUGAAAAGGACAAACAGGAACUUAUUUUGGGCACUUGGGUAAAAUAUGGGGAUCAAAGCAGGCUGACAGGAAUUCAGGGGUUUGUUUGGUGCUAUAAGAACCCCUUGUUGAUUUAACUUUUGUUGACGAUACAUGAAUAAUGAGCGUUUCAUUAAGUCUAUAAUAAAAUAUGAUAUUUUGCAGAGACUGUGGCACAAGAUCUCUAGAAAGUUUAACAGAUUACAGUGUAGAACAGAUACUGCAUUGAUAGCUCUCUGCUGCCAUUUUGUCAAUGUCCAAGGAUCUUAAAAGAUAAUUUUUAACAAUAUCAGGUCUGGGAUUAAAUCAGUCUCUGCAUUGUUGUCAUAGAACGUACCAAGAGAGAAACUGAAUGGUAAUACAGAGAAUGAAAAAAUAUUGAAAAUACUUAAAGUGAAUUUUGUUGUUGUUGGUGUUUUUUGUUUGUUUGUUUGUUUUUGUGCAGCUAUGAUUACGUGCAGCUAUGAAUAAGAUAUUUAAGGUUUAAGGUCUGUUUCUUUAUAGAAAGGCAACAUUCCAUAUAUACAGUGGCCCCAAACAGUAUUUGGACACUUAAUCAAAGCUUAAAUAGUAUACAGGGCUCUCAAGCCUCACGCAUUCACUGUGAGACACUCAUUUCAACCAGUUCACACACCACACCUUGUAUUUCUCAUGCUGUAAGAAGUAAGGGAUAACAUGUCCAGCUAUAUACAAUUAAUUGACAAUGAAAGUUUGUGGCAGUCUCGAGUUACACAGAGUUAAAUGACACCUACCAGCCAAUCAGAAAUUAGUAUUUUGUUGUUUCCGCCUAAAUUACAUGAUCCUGCUGCAAGCACGUUCGUUACUAGGCAACAUGGAUGCGCACACACUCUGAGUGUAAGUUGUAAGGUCAAGAUCCAGUGAAUGCUAUAGGUAGCCCCUCGGUUUUUUUAUUUUUUUUUUAGCAUUUCGAUUUUACAAUUCCUGGACGAAAUCACUUGCCUGUGAUCAAAGAUAAUUGGUAAAUCUGAUAAAAGACAGUCAAAUUCAUCCAAAUAAAAUAAAUUGUUUUAUAUAUUUCAAAAAUAAAAAUGUAUCAAAAAUAAAAAGAAUAUUGGCCUCAAACGAGCCAACUGAACUGCAGUGCUCAAUGUACAUACUGUACACAUACAGUAGGAUUGCGGAACUUGUCCUGAGCAUAUGUCAAACUGUGGUGUGUGUGUGUGCGCGUGUUUGUUGCAUAUUUUAAUGCCUUGAUGACGGGUAGGGGGCUCCCACUUAAAGCACUAUGGCUUCCCCACUCAAAUGCAUAUGCAGAGAGUGUGUUCUCCAUGAUGGGUUUGAACAAAACUAAAACUAGUAGCAGUUUGGCUCUGGACAGGACGCUAUCAUCCAUCAUGAAGGUGAAAAUGGCUGGCCUUGACCCUUGCCCCUACCCCUGUCAUCAAGGCAUCAAAAUGUGCAAUAAACACAACACAAAACACUAUUCUUAAGCUGAAAUAUGUACUCUCUCUCUCACACACACACACGCACACACACACAGCUUGACAUACAUGCUCAGGACAAGUUCUGCAAUCCUACUGUAUGUAUACAGUAUGUACAUUGACCACUGCUGUUCAGUUGGAUUGUUUGGAGCCAAAUUUCUUUAUAUUUUUGAUACAUUUGUAUUUUUGAAAUAUAUAAAACAAUUUAUUUUAUUUGGAUGAAUUUGUCUGUCUUUUAUCAGAUUUACCAAUUGUUAUAAUUUCUAUUUGUUCUGGUCAAUUAAAAACAAUAGGUAAAAUUGAACUACUAGCAAAAACUAGGAGAGAAUUGGGUGGGACCGAGGGGCUGCUUCUGCAAACAUUUGAGUGGCUCCUCUCCUAACAGAUGUAAUCUUACUCCAAUCUUUUGAUAAAACUUGAGAGCCCUGAGCAUAUGUGUCUGACAUUGUACAAAAUACCAAACCAAAGUCAUUUAUUUUAAAGAAAGACAUCACAAGCACACUUUUCAAGUAAAGCAUUUCAUACAAAGUAAUUUGUUAGUUUAUACAUUCUAAAACUGGGGGGGGGGGUCUGUUGGCAAUAGUGCAGCAAAAGCACAGCCCACACACCCAGGAACCACUUUCAAACCAGUAAGUUUUCUGGUUGUCAACAGACAAAUUCGCGUGACAAACUUGAACCCGCUGCAAAAUCUACAGGGGAAAUUUAUCGCGUGAAUCUCCAGAUCGCGCGGAUUCCUUUUAAAAUUACUAAAUUUAGCCCAUGAAAAAUCUCCGAACAGCAGUGAAUAUUACCAAAGUCCCUUUAAGACAAGUAAUUUCACUCGGCGGCCAUCUUUGAAACGCCUCUG